GCAUAACCGGGAUGUCCGAAGAGUCGGCUUUGAGUGCCAUUCUCGAAGAAAUUCUCCAGGCGCACAUAUCAUCAUCAAAUGACCUGUCUUACAAGAGUGCUAAAGCAAAACUUGCACAAGAACGCAGACAUCUGGGUCACAAUUCACGCAUGGUGAAGGUCCUCAGUUAUGAAAAGCUCAUUUUAGUUGUAGCCUGUGUGCUCCUCCCCCUUGGUCGUCACUUCCGUGAGCGGCAGGAGUUUUCUGUCAUUUGGCUGGAGAAAUCUAUUGAUACGGUGAUGGGAUUGUACCUCCGGUUUCAUUGUAAGUUGGCAUCCAACGACAAUUUUCCCGAUUAUAAGACCGUAAACGCCACCCUAGAACGGGCCGAUGAUGAUGGUCUCGAGGGUGCUGAAGCUCGGAAACAAAUUGCCCUAUGGAAAAUGCAGAUCACUAACUCGCAGGACGCAUCAGACCUCACGGUUUUCAAUGAUGUGUUCUAUAAGAUUGAUACUUACACCGAGGAAGUGUUCGCACGUGUUCACACUGACAUAGGUGAGAAGACCGACGCAUACCUAGAUGCUUUGCAUGACUACCACCAUCGAGUCAUAAAAUUCUUGCGAACAAAAUGGUUGGAAGGGAGCAGCGACGCCAUCAUCGAGGCAAACGAUAACAUGCGAUGGUAUGACAGGAUCACAGCUCGUAUUGCUGUGUGGUUGUCACCUCAGGGUGAUACAAGCCACGCACCUAUGCCCUUGUUGUCUGCUUGGUUGCUGGACUAUGCAUGGUCAUCACUCAAUGCCGUGAAGGAAGGGUUCAUUGAAAUCUGCAGAUGGUUUGAGCCCCUUCUCGAUCAUUACCCUGUUAUUCAUAGGAAAAGCCACAAUAUGGACGAUAAGAGCGAAGUUUUAAUAUACCAUAUGGUAAGGGUCUAUGCACCAGACGCGGAUUUACAGCUAUGUCAUUUCUUGUGGGAGCGUCGAAACACUCUAAUCUUCCACCUUCACAACACGAUGUCAACAACCAGCGAGAAGGAGACCCAACAGGACCCGUUCAAGCAGCUCAUGGCAUCAAUGAAGAAUGUUUCAAAAGUGGGCUUACACUCUAUCCGAGGCAGUGGUGCCUACGCCAUGCGCAUCACGAAAUGGGACUGGCAGAACAAAACGCUUAAGAACUCGAAGCGUGAUAUCGAACCCUUGGUCAAGGCAGUAUUUCUCGAAUUACGCAAAGCAAGGGAAUACAGAACCGUAAUUUUGGCGGAUCCCGUCAUCGCUGGCCUCAGAAAGCAACUCGAGGAUGUUCUCGUUUCAAUGAUGACACCGAACUUUCGCAUUCGAUUUGGUGGCAAAUUUAUGAUGAGUGAAACGUGGCAGUGGUGGGACGGCAUAGAGAUUCCCAAGGAUAUCACUCCCAUUACGUCCGCUAACAUAGACGAGGCCUUCAAGUCGAAGCUGCAACAGGUUCAGCUAGAGCAGCGGGAUCAGGAUGCGAUAACAGAGCUCGUCACAUACGUCGAACAUAUCGCUUGUGCCCAGGCGACAGCUGCAAAGGACAGCGUGUUGAAUUCAGAGGUUGCCGAGGCGUUGGACGCCCUUGUAUAUGCUCUCAAGUCCAACAGUACUCAUCUCCAUAACCGUAGCAUGGUAGCGAAUCCAGAUUUGUCUUGCGACGUCAGGGCAGCCGUUCAUCUCAAGAUUCCCAAAACGAACUUGAAGGACCAGGUUGACGCAAACACUACUCUGGAACCCGGCCCUUCUUCAAAACGGCAGCGAUCAUCAACUGUCUCUGGAUCGCCUAGCGCAAUGAAGAAAAGGGCUCGCAGUUCUCGCGCUCGAAACUCUGCUAUUUCUGAUGACGAGAAUAUCAUUGGUUGACUUCUGUGUUGCGUUUGAUUCCUCCUGCGUUUCCGCUGUUUUGUCAGGGUUUCUCUGCAUGCUCUUGUGUAACUCACCGCUGGCCCUAAUCACGCAUCAUACCUCACAGUUUUUAUUUAUUUUCCUGAUCAUGCGGAAUUG